AUGAAUUAUAUAAAUUAUGAUCAGUCCAAUCAUACACCAUUGACUGGUGCAUAUAAUUAUAUAAAUCAACAACAAGUUCCACAAUCCAUUCAGCAUGUUUCUAAUAAUGGAGUUCCCUACAAUCAAUAUGGAUAUUUUAAUUCCCAAAACCAACAACAAGCUCAGUCUCAACCUCAAACACACUUAAAUCAGCAAGAUCCCAAUGAUCUACGGAACAUGGCGACACCAACUGCAGGUUCGGUUUGGAAUGAUAUGUCACGAUUAAGUAGCAAUAAUAAUAUUCUGGAUAAUUCUAAUUUACAAAGAGGAUUAAUGCAAGAAUCAAUGACUCGCCAAGGAUAUAGCAUGCAACCAGUUAAUAGUAAUAGUAGCAGUACUGCAGGUAAUAAUAAUAAUAUAAGUAUUGAUAACAGAGGUUCUGGACUACCAUACCAAAUUCAGGAUUACAACAUUGUGUCUAAUUUUAAUGGCUACUCUUUAAGGGAAAAUAGUAACAGUAAUGCAAUCAAUAGCAACAUUCUAAGAGCUACACCUGCUUUAGAUAAUAAUAAUAAUACAACUAUGCUACACACUGGUAGUCAAAGCCGUAUUGGAUCAUUUUCUCAACAGGGUCAGGCAUUGAAAAAUAAUUCAAACAUUAAUACCCCUACUAGUGGCACGAUAGCACCUCAUAACAACUUUAAUAACAGUUCAAAUUCUUUGAUUUUGCAAUUACAAGUUAAACAGACACAACUUGAUAAGUUAGAAAAAGAAUAUGAGUACCUACAAGAACAACUCAAUAACCGUAGACUAGCAUCCAACCAAAUAUCGAAGAAACCAUUUAAUAAAAUAGAUGAAUUGAGCACUAGACAUCCAACAACAAUCCCAGAAGCUUUCCGCUAUUUGACAAAUAAGUUACAAAUUAAAGAAAAUGAGUUAGCAGAAGUUAAUAAAAAUUUGGAAAAUGUUUUAGCUGCAGUAGCGUUAGAUCCAGAAAAUCCAUUAUUAAAAGACGGUGAGACAGAUCUUAAAAAAAUAUCUGAAAAAGUUGUUAUUCAAUUAGAAACUUUGACUAAAGAAAAUCAAGAAUUAUCAAAAAACCUAUCGUAUGCACAUUCAAAAGAAAAACAAAUUGAGCUAGGUUUACUUAAACAAGAAAAUGAAGUAUUACAGCAACAAAUUAAUUCUUUGAAGGAAGAAGUCAAAUGUUAG